AUGGGCAAAUCGGACGAGCAAGUCAUUGAGGAAUUCCAAAGUGAGUGUAAGACAGGCUUUCACGUGUGGUCGAUCGGGCGUCGUAGCGAACGUCGAUGAGGUCGAUGAUGUGGGGGUGGAUUACGUCGUACCGAUCGGAUUAUGCGAUCAAUAGGCAUGUUGCCGCGUCGUACCUCCAACAGAACAAUUUUUCUUUGUAGUCCUUACGGGAGCCUAAAUUAGGAGAGCUGAUCGAAUCAUUCGCUCAGAGUACGUGAACAUGACCCCGGAAGAACUGGAAGAAUGGCUCGAGACGGACGAAUCGAAAAGAUCUGGAUGGACGGGCAAUGAUGGCGGAGGUGGGGAAUCUGUCGGGCAUGAUUCGGGGAGGAAAAUCGUGAGUGGGUUUUUCGGAAUGUUCUGAGUUGGGUGUUGGGUGUUGUUGCUGGAGCUGGAGCUUUCACUGAUGAGGUAAGCCCUUCUUUUUUUUUUGGCGGACGUUGUGACUGGCAGGUCAAGAUCCUUCGUUCCGAUUCUCAGAAUCCUUCGGAGGACGAGUUGGCUCAUAUGCGCAAGGUAAGCGAGCCGACUUGGUCUCUCAGAUUGUCUACAGUCAUAGACUCUAGCUGACUGUCUGUCUAUACACUACCCCAGGUCUGCGCCUACUGUGCUCGUCAUCUCGCGCAAGAGAGCAAGAUGAAGGAGAGCAAGGAUGAGGACGAAUUGACCGAGACCAAGGCGUAUCGCUCAUUGAAGAAUUGGGGUCACGACAUGCUGAAGGCUUGA